AUGUUGGCAACUCCGACCCAUUCAUGUGAGCAGCUGUCCCUCGACUUGUCACGAUUUGACCAAGUCCGUAGGACAGCAAAAAUUAUCAACUCCCGUGUCGCCGCUGGUGAGAUAGCUUCGAUUCAAGCCAUCGCGCUUAACGCAGGCUAUGAGGAGUUCGAAACACAGACACGGACGGAAGACGGAUUAGAUAUGACGUUUGCUGUCAACUAUCUCGGUCAUUGGCUGCUGACACUCCUGCUCCUGCAGAGCAUGGACCGAGAGAAGGGUAGACCCUCACGACAAACUCAAUAUGGAAAAGACUGCGUAUACCGACAAAGGUACAGAACAACGAUUCAGGAUGACCUAGGCUCGAUUGCCAAAGGAACCUGGAGCGCGAACAAGAACGAUACUCUGGGCUGGGCUGCUGGCUGGCGGCAGUACGGCGCCACCAAACUAUGCAGCGUUACCAUGAUGUACGUAUUCUUCGGUCUCCUUACGUUCAGCUCCGCUUAG